AUGAUCAGCCUGCACAGGAUCUGUUGGAGGCUGCUGGACCCGUUGAAGCUUCUCGACGACGAAGGUCGCUCAUGGGACGUCAAGUUCUAUUCUGCCAGUUGGAUCGCGCAUAUAGUCAAGCUGGGUGUUAGACGUCAGAUCGACCGUGAUGCGCUUGCCACGUUGCAAGGAGCAGGCACCACCAGGACAGGACCCAUCGCCUGGCAGCCGAUCUCGGAGGCGCUGCACGGCAAGCGCCUCACGCCCCACCAGCGGCGCACGCUUCGGGGUGUGAUCACUGGAUGUCAUUGGCUACAGGUCGGCGAGUUGGCCAAGGCUGGUGCAUCUUUCCAUGCUGCAUCGGAGGCUCAGGAGAAGCUUGUUCGCGGCGCGACGCGCCUUCACAAUAUGCUGCUGUUGUACAUCGCCCAGUUUGAGGUUUGGUUCCACCAGCAGGGCGACGAGUUCAAGGAUUGCCUCUUCCCUGACCCCGAGGAGGACGGCUUGGCCACACCGCAGCAGCAGGCGGCGGCGAUGGAGCCCCUCUUGCCCUGGCCUUGGUUGGUCCAGAAACAUGCCCUGCUGGAGUACCCUGUGGUCGGUCAUGAUCGCUCGCUGAUUUUCUGUACCAGUUGUUGCAAGUAUUCAGACACUGGUAGUCUCAACCAUCGCGGGCUGGACAAAGUGUGCUGCGGCAGAGAAGGAGGCAGCGGCAGGAUUGCUGAGAACACCCGGCACUUCAGCAAGCUUCGACAUCCUCAGUCGCUGCACAAAGAUAUUGCUCUGUUGGAUGCUCGGCGGCCCACGGCCAGAGUCCGAACCCUGGUGUGCAAGUCCAAAGGUUGGAGGGACCCGCUCAUGGAUGCGCCUGAGGUCGUCUUCAGACCAAAAGGCCGAGUACGUGCUGAACCCCAACGCUAUUUGGGCACAAGUUUGAUUCUGAAGGACUAUGGUCUAUUCUACCCUGAAGCUUUGGAGUUGGGUGCUCCGCGCGAGUCGGACAGCGAUGACGACGUGGACACUGACAUGGUUUAG